CUGUAUGGUUAGUGGGCUUGCGCAAAAAGAAGACGUCGCCCCUGCAACCUUCCUUGCAUUCCCCUUUCCAUUUGCUUGAGAGAGAGAGAGAGAGGUUGGCUCGCGGCGUCUUCUUCUUCUUCUUCUUCUUCUUCUGACCUUUUCUUUAUCUUUCGCCCGUCCCAUACCUCUUUCGGGAGCGAGAGGCAAGCCCCGUGAAGAAUCCAUCGGCGGGGACAUCCCACAUUGCUCCCGAAUCGUCUCCGGCUUCAGUUUCCCGGUGUCGGCAAGCAUGGGGAGCCUCUCGUUCGAGGAGGAGUACGCCUCCGACCAGCCGAGCGACAGCCGUGGCGGCGGCAGCUACAGCCCCAGCGCGGAUGUCUCGGGGUCCGACUCCUCCAGCGAAAUUUCCGGCCGGGGGUUCCCCGCCGCCUCGGCUUCGGCCUCAUCCGCCGGCGCGUCCCUGCUCCCCGCCGGGGAUGUGCUCUUCUGGGAGGCGAAGUUGGAGAAGAGAGCCACUGAUGUCUCCGAAGUGGAGAUGAUGAAGGAGAGAUUCGCCAAGCUGCUUCUUGGCGAAGACAUGUCGGGUGGUGGCAAAGGCGUCUGCACCGCCCUCGCGAUCUCAAAUGCCAUCACCAAUCUCUCCGCUACUGUUUUCGGAGAAUUAUGGAGAUUGGAGCCACUGGCGCCCCAGAAGAAGACAAUGUGGCGAAGGGAGAUGGAGUGGUUGUUGAGCGUGAGUGACUACAUUGUGGAGCUCGUCCCUUCCAUCCAAGAAUUCCCUAGCGGUGGCACCUUUGAGGUGAUGGUCUCUCGUCCUCGUGCCGACCUCCACAUCAACCUCCCAGCUCUCAAGAGACUGGACGCUAUGCUUCUUGGCAUACUGGAGGGGUUCCGUGAUACCGAGUUCUGGUAUGUGGAUCGUGGAAUUCUGGUUGCUGAUGCUGAUGAGAAUGGAAGUGGGAGCUAUCCACCUUCCUUUUCUGGGAGGCCAUCUUUGAGACAGGAGGAGAAGUGGUGGUUACCGGUCCCAAGAGUUCCACCAAAUGGUCUCUCUAAGGAGGAAAGGAAGAGGUUGCAGCAGUCCAGGGAUUGUGCAAAUCAGAUACUGAAGGCAGCUAUGGCAAUUAAUAGUGGGGUUCUUGCUGAGAUUGAAAUUCCUAAUGUCUACUUCGAAACCUUGCCCAAGAGUGGGAAAUCCUGUUUAGGUGACAUCAUCCACCGUUACAUAAUUGCUGAUCAAUUUUCACCUGAGUGCCUGCUGGACCUCCUGGACUUGUCAUCUGAGCACCAUAUUCUAGAAAUAGCAAAUAGGAUCGAAGCAGCAUUAUAUGUUUGGGGGCUGAAAGGCCAAAGCAGACACUCUCCAUUGAAAGCCAAGAAGAAUUCAUGGAGUGGGAAGGUCAAGGGUCUUGUUAUCAACAAAGAAAGAAGUCUGCUUCUCGCACAACGGGCUGAGGGUCUUUUGCAGAGCUUACGAAUUCGUUACCCUGGUCUGCCUCAGACUGAUCUGGAUAUGAACAAGAUCCUGUACAAUAAGGAUAUAGGACAGUCCAUCCUCGAGAGCUAUUCGAGGGUCAUGGAGAGUUUGGCAUUUAACAUUGUCGCAAGGAUUGAUGACUUGAUCUUCGUAGAUGAUGCUACAAAGAAGUGUGCUGCUGCUGAAGCCAUUUCUGUAUUUAAUCGAGGAGGGCUGGGAGGACUUCCACUUCAGAAAAGGAUAUCGCGCAGUCCGUUCUCGAUUCAAAACACACCAUAUGUCUCACCAUUUGCUACACCUUCAUUUUGUUCUUCCACCCCAGCUAUCGGAAGCCCAGUAAGACUGACAUCUUCCUUAAAAAAGGACAGUCUCCAAGAGCAAUAAGGGGGUAAAGUAGAGAAGCCCAUCUCUUAUAACACAGAGAGUAUGUUCAUACACUAGGAACCUUAGUGCCAAGAAAGAGACCAACUUCAAAUGAGGGUCAGUUGAUUGCUCUUGCAAAAGCUGGAUCUGUGAGCCAUCUAUUACAUGGAAAGCAGAGGAUCAAAUGUGAGCCAGUGGUUGUCUGGUUGAUAGGUUUGUUCCUGUACAUUACUAGUAGGAUCAAAGGUGAGGUUCUUGCAGUAUCUUGUUUCCUUUCAACCUGUCAUUACUGAAACUGAACAGUGGCUGGAAAGAUGUUCAUCAUUUCUAAUACUUGAAUCAAAAACAUGUCAGAAACUCAAAUA